AUGGGGGAGCAUGGGGUGAAGUUGGAAGCACUGUCCUUGUUGGGCAAUGGACUGCCCUGCCACUGGACCAGACCAGUGAUGCUGGGGGUCCCCGAGGCACCCCCAGCUCGCGACCCUCGCCUGUCUCCUCCCACAGGAAGCAGGCACAGCCCCUGUGACGCAGGUGCUCCUCUCCCGAAGGAACUCCCUGGGGCGGCAGCUCUGAGCUCACUCUCGCUGCUGCUGGCCUUUCUCCUGGUGGCCGCGGUUGGCUUCAUCUGGAAACUGCACCGAGAGAAAGAGCAGGAACGUGGGGGCAGAGAGAAACUCCAGAGAGAGCUACGCUGGAGAAAAGCCCAGAAAGUGGACGAUUGGAGAAAAGCCCGGGCCUGUGCUGCCACUGUGACUCUUGAUCUAGACACCGCCUUUGCUGAACUCUUUCUGUCUGAGGAUCGCCGAAGCGUGCAGCGCAAAAUCCUACCGCAGGAUCUCCCUGAAAAACCGGGAAGGUUUCUGUAUGACCCCUGUGUGCUGGGUCACGAGGCCUUCUCUUCGGGGAGACAUUACUGGGAAGUAGAAGUAGGGGAUAGGACUUUCUGGGAGCUCGGGGUUUGUGAAGAUCAUCUGGAAAGGGCAUGGACAAUCAAAGAGUCACCUCAACAUAGAGUCUGGGCCUUAGAACUGUGCGGGAAUAAGUACCAGGCCCUCACCUCCCCGCGGACCCUUCUCCCCCUGGGCGAGCCCCUUAGGCGAGUGGGGAUCUUCCUGAACUACGAGGCUGGGGAUGUGUCUUUCUAUAACGCAGCUGAUGGGUCUCACCUCUACACUUUCCCCCAGACCUGCUUCUCUGGGCCCCUCCGCCCUUUCUUCUGCCUCUGGUUCUAUCACCCAGCCCCCCUGACCAUCUGUCACUGA